AUGCUUCUUGAAUUCCUCAAGGACAUUGAGAUGAAGGCUUCCUAUUGUUUGAGGAGAGAAGGAAUCCUGAAGGCCGUCAGAUUCAAGAAAACUCAUAUGGCCACUAUCAAGGAAUUCCUAUGCAGAAAGUACCAAUUUGCAACUCCGGAAAGCCUCAAACUGAAUGUUCUGAAGGAUUUGCAAGGAAAGCACUUACUUGAACAGAUACGGAAAAAGCCACUUCACUCGAUUUUGUUUAAUUGCUAUGAUGAUUUGGACGUGGAUCUGAAAGAAUCGUCCUGGUGGUUAUCUCAUGGGAACAACUCUCCAAGGUCGGAGGGAAUGCUGUGCAUGGUUCAGGACCGCAACUUAUUCUUUGACAACGGUGGUAGUUGUUGCAACCAUUGCAACGCCGCCAAAAAAACUGUGGAUCAUCUUGCUACAAGAUGUGGCAGAAUGUUGAACAGUGAUUACCUACGUCGCUACAAUGAGGUUGUAAGGUGCAUGCACCUGCACAUCUGUCGAAAAUAUGGAAUAAAACAGUCUCGGAAGUUAAAGACCCACUCCGUUCAGUCGACUGUCUCUAAUGAGGUGGUCGAAAUACGUGUGGACACUACCAUCAAGACGGACACUAUAGUGAGUAAUAAUAAACCGGACAUUUUUGUCUUCGACAAAGUUCGGAAUAUUAUUACUCUUAUCAAAAUUGGGAUUACUUCUCAGCAAUCCUUGAAGCAAGUAGAAGUAGAAAAAUUACAUAAAUAUGACCUUUUGGCGAACGAAUUGAAGGUAAUCCAUAAUGCAAAAGUGAAUAUCAUACCUUUGGUUAUUACGUGGGAUGGAAUAACAUCCAGAUUCUAUAAACAUUACCAGAACUCCUUGCAAGUCCAGGAAUCUACGCGAGCUUAUAUCCAGUCAAUCGUGAUAAAGAGAACAUUGGAAAGCAUGCGCCCGGAGUAUAAACUCCUUCCUACAGCGACGAAGCAUGCAAUUAAAUCGGACUCGAGAACAAUCACAAAAGUGGCCUGCCCUGUAAAAUGGAUAAAUGUACCCGUCGAAGACACUUGCUCGGGCUCGAAGAGGAGGAGAAUUGACUGA